UAUUUAGCUAACCACACCAUCAAUGUCACUUUGCUUGAAACAUCAUCUUCUUCUUUCUUAGUAUUCCAUUCCUUUCUUCAUGUAAUAAAUUCCUUCUUUCUUAUCUAUCUAACUUCCUUCAGUUUCAAUUAUUCAACUCCAAUAUCCCAUAAAUUGUUAUACAAGACUUAUAUAUGGCUAUUACUGUUAAUGAAAUUGCUGCUUUUACCUACCUCAGGCUAAAUAACACUGUUUCACCUAAACCAUGUCAAACUUGGUUGAAAUUAAGGAAUACUACUCAAUCAUGUUCAAAGUUUUUGAGUAAUAGUCAAAACCCUAGUUUUGAUGUUGUUAUACCAAGGAGGAGGAAUAAAAUGCUUGAAUUUAGGUUGUUUAAUUCAGUUGAAUUGGAUAGAUUUGUGACAAGUGAAGAUGAUGAAGAGGAGGAGGAAAAUGAGAUGAGUGAUUGUUUUUUUGAAGCAAUUGAGGAGUUAGAAAGAAUGAAUAGAGAACCAUCUGAUGUUUUAGAGGAAAUGAAUGACAAGUUAUCUGAUAGAGAAUUGCAGCUUGUAUUGGUGUACUUUGCUCAAGAAGGAAGGGACUCUUGGUGUGCAUUAGAGGUAUUUGAGUGGCUAAGGAAAGAGAAUAGAGUCGAUAAGGAGACUAUGGAGCUUAUGGUUUCGAUAAUGUGUGGAUGGGUGCAGAAGUUGAUCGGAUCUAAGAGUGAACCCGGGGAUGUAGUGGAUCUAUUGGUGGAUAUGGAUUGUGUAGGAUUGAACCCUAGUUUUAGUAUGGUUGAGAAGGUUAUUUCUUUGUAUUGGGAUGCGGGUGAGCGGGACGGAGCUCUGUCGUUUGUGAAGGAGGUGUUGAGGAGGCGUAUCGCUUACUCAGAUGGCAAUGCAGAUGGGCAUAAGGCUGGUCCUACUGGUUACCUUGCUUGGAAGAUGAUGGAGGAGGGUAAUUAUAAGGGUGCAGUUAAAUUAGUCAUGGAAAUUCGAGAUUCUGGGUUGAAGCCAGAGUUAUACAGCUAUUUGAUUGCAAUGACAGCUGUGGUAAAAGAGCUGAAUGAAUUUGGAAAAGCUUUACGCAAAUUAAAAGGUUUUUCCACAACUGGUCUCAUUGCCGAGCUUGAUUUAGAAAAUCUAAGGCUCGUUGAAGAAUAUCAAGCAGAUAUGUUAGCUAAGGGUGUACAGCUGUCCGAUUGGUUGAUUCGAGAGGGUGGCCCUUCUCUUUUCGGGGUUGUUCAUGAGAGGCUUCUUGCAAUGUAUGUCUGUGCUGGCCGUGGAAUAGAAGCCGAGAGACAUUUAUGGCAAAUGAAGUUAGCUGGCAAGGAAGUAAGCGGAGAUCUUCAUGAUAUUGUCUUAGCAAUAUGUGCUUCCCAAAAGGAACUGGGCCCCAUCUCGAGGUUGCUUGCCCGAAUGGAGGCUUCAACCUCGUUACAGAAAAAGAAAACAUUGUCGUGGCUGUUGAGAGGUUUCAUUAAAGGCGGGCAUUUAGAGAAUGCUGCAGAAACAGUAAUUAAGAUGCUCGACUUAGGUUUGUAUCCAGAUUUUCUGGACAGAGCAGCUGUGCUGCAGAGACUAAGGAGAAGAAUUCAAGAAUCUGGAAACUUAGAAACUUACCUUAACCUUUGCAAACACCUUUCUGAUGCAAGUUUGAUUGGUCCAUGUCUUGUAUAUCUGUAUAUGAAGAAAUAUAAACUUUGGAUAGUAAGGACGCUUUGAGCAACUUGGAGAAGCUAUAGAAGACAGUGCUCUUGUUUGUUGCAGGCUUUGAUGUGUAUAAUAUGUAUAGUUUUAGAUGAUUUGAGAGAGCAAGAUAUGUUGGCUGCUGGUUUCAUUUACAUGUCCAGAAUUGCAACAUUGAGCAUCUUGUUCUCAAGUUGAAGUUGGUAUAUAUUAAUGUAAACGAAC